CUGAUUGGCUGAGCCGGCACGCGGCUCCCAUCACGAUAGUGCAACCCUUCGGCGUGUGUCACGGGAGGAUUUUUUGUCCCUGUACUUCAGGAAAAAUGGCGAGCUGGUGUGUCCGGGCAGUGAGACAGAGUUACUGUCUUGUAGCGUCGCCUACUUUUGUCAGAGCGCCGCCGCGUCUGCUCUGCACGGCUGCUCAGAGGAAGAACGGCCAGGGGCCGGAAGAGGAGGCCGAGAAGGCGGAGCAGAGCGCUCCAGAGAAAACGCCGGCGGAGGAGAAGACUCAGCUGGAGGAGCAGCUCAAAGAAAUGACCGAAAAAUACAAAAGGUCUUUAGCGGACGCCGAGAACCUGAGGAGGAGGAGUCAGAAGAUGGUGGAGGAUGCUAAACUAUACGGGAUCCAGGGCUUCUGUAAGGAUCUGCUGGAGGUGGCCGACAUCUUGGAGAAAGCGACGGAGAGCGUUCCCAAAGAGGAGGUGACCAGCCAGAACCCCCACCUGAAGAACCUGUACGACGGGCUGUUGAUGACGGAGGUCCAGAUCCAGAAGGUGUUCAGCAAGCACGGCCUGGUGAAGCUCAACCCGGAAGGCCAGAAGUUUGACCCGUACGAGCACGAGGCCCUGUUCCACGCCCCCAUGGAGGGCAAGGAGCCCGGCACCGUCGCCGUGGUCACCAAAGUAGGCUACAAGCUUCACGGCCGCACCCUCCGGCCGGCGCUUGUGGGCGUGGCCAAGGCCUCCUAGAACUGCUGUGGAACCACCUUUCCCCUAAAACCAGUCCAGGCUGCCGCGGCUCCACGUCCGCCUCAGAGACGGGAGCCCGGCUGAACUUUCAUGAGGGCCGCAUCAGUUUUUCCACUUCUUUAUCAGUUUGUCCCGUCAGACUAGAGACGAGCCUUCCGUGUUCUGAUGAGAGGUCUGCUCUUCUGGGUCCGGAUGUUUGUGUUUCCUGUCUGUGAGGAGCUUCAGCGCAGAGCAGACGCACAAAAAACCCACCAGAACUCCUGACGUCCACUAGAAACAUCACUGAUCCUCAGUGCAAACGCUGUAAGGAUGAGAGAUAAUAAACAACAAAACAAAACAUUGAAUAUGUUUGUUAAAAAAUAGAAAAUGAGUAAUCUCCAUUUGCAGUGGUGCUGUGGUUGCAGGUAAAACCUUGAUUUCUUCAGCAGGAACGGCUGGGUUUCCUAUACACUUACGGGGGGGGGGGGCUGUUUGCUUUUAUAAAAUAAUGCCACCAAAUUUAAAACUAAAGGCAGAGAAGACCGGAGUUUGGAGGAGAAAUACCAGAAAAAGCAGGAUCUGCAUGUUUGUAAAGGGAGCUAAGUGUCAGUGAUGGAUGGAUGGAUGCAUGGAUGGAUGGAUGGAUGGAUGGAUGGAUGGAUGGAUGGAUGGAUGGAUGGAUGGAUGGAUGGAUGGAUGGAUGGAUGGAUGGAUGGAUGGAUGAUGCCCUGACCUGAACAGGCUGCCUUUGAGCAGCUCUGAAAACAACCAAACCAACAACUGUUGAUGUGGAGUGAAGGUUCCUGAUGAGCCACUAAUCUAAAGCUAUUUGAUCCUUUCCUCCUGUACUGAACUGUUAACAAAAACUAACAUGAAGGUUCAGAAAUGAAGUGACAACCAGCAACUAAAAGUUUUUUAUCUGUCCAUAUAUCCAUAAGAAUAAACCUGUAAAA